AUGUCGACCGACAAACCCCUCCCUUUCCAGUACCAGUUCGCUGCAGGCGCCAUUGCCGGCGUCUCGGAGAUUCUGGUCAUGUACCCUUUGGACGUCGUCAAGACACGAGUGCAACUCCAAACCGGCAAGGGCGUAGGUGCCGACCACUACAAUGGCAUGGUUGACUGCUUCCGCAAGAUUGUCCGCAACGAGGGCUUCUCAACACUCUACCGCGGAAUCACCGCACCCAUCCUCAUGGAGGCUCCCAAGCGUGCGACUAAAUUCGCCGCCAACGACGAGUGGGGAAAGAUCUACCGCAACCUGUUCGGCGCCGCAAAGAUGAACCAGUCCCUCUCCAUCUUGACUGGAGCCAGUGCUGGUGCCACCGAGGCCUUCGUCGUUGUCCCCUUCGAGCUCGUCAAGAUUAGAUUACAAGACAAGGCCUCUGCCGGCAAAUACACCGGCAUGCUCGACGUCAUCCGCAAGACCAUCGCUGCCGAGGGUGUCUUGGCCAUGUACAACGGCCUCGAGAGCACCAUGUGGCGCCACAUUGUUUGGAACGCUGGCUACUUUGGCUGCAUUUUCCAGGUCCGCGAGCUCCUCCCCAAGGCCGAGAACAAGGCCGGCCAGGUCACUAACGACCUAAUCUCCGGUGCCAUUGGUGGAACCGUCGGUACAAUCCUCAACACGCCCAUGGACGUCGUCAAGUCCCGCAUCCAGAACAGCCCCAAGGUCCCAGGACUGACCCCCAAGUACAACUGGGCUUGGCCUGCCGUUGCCACAGUUGCCAAGGAGGAAGGCUUCAGUGCACUGUACAAGGGUUUCCUCCCCAAAGUGCUCCGUCUCGGCCCUGGAGGUGGUAUCCUUCUUGUUGUCUUCACCGGCGUAAUGGAUUUCUUCCGCACCCUGAAGACCAACGCUUAA